AAAAAUGGCUAGCAAAAUGGUUCUAGUCAUGGUCCUAAUUGUUUCAAUAUGUGGUGGAGCCAUGGCUCAAUCAGGGUGCACCAGUGCCCUUUUGGGCAUGUCUUCUUGCCUUAACUACAUUACAGGAAAUACAACCACUCCUUCAUCUUCAUGUUGCUCGCAGCUUGGAAGUGUCGUUCAAUCUCAGCCGCAGUGCCUUUGCCAAGUUUUGAACGGGAAUGGUAUUAAUCUCGGUAUAAGUAUUAAUCGAACACUAGCCAUUUCUCUUCCUGGUGCUUGUAAUGUUCAGACUCCUCCUGUCAGCCAAUGCAACGCUGCAAACGGGCCACCUACUAGUUCUACACCUAGUCCAGCUGCUUCACCCGAAGGAUCUACAUCUCAGCCAGACCUAUUACCCGAAAGCCCAACCGAGUCAGAUACUCCAUCAGGAUCAGGGUCAAAGACGGAUGGCUCAUCAACACCAAAUGGAAGUGAAUCACAAGCGCCUCUUCUUCAUCUCGUUGUGUAUGUUCUGUUAGCGGUGUCGUGGGCUUCAACGACUGCUACUUAUUAAAAAUUACUCCUACCUUUAUUCUUUGUUUUCUGCCGUGGUCAAGAAGCUAGAUUUUUUCUUUAAG